AUGUCCAGGAAGAAGACCCCCAAGAGCAAGGGGGCCAGCGCGCCCGCUGCCUCCGCGCUGCCCGCCGCCGACGGGUCCCGGCCGGCGCGCCCUGGGAUUGCGCGCCCUGGCCCCCAGGUGCGGCCCAACGGGCCCCCGCAGCCUGGCCGGCCCUCGCUUGGCGGCGGCGACUUCUACGACGUCGCCUUCAAGGUCAUGCUGGUGGGGGACUCGGGCGUGGGGAAGACCUGCCUGCUCGUGCGCUUCAAGGAUGGGGCCUUCCUGGCAGGGACCUUCAUCUCCACUGUGGGCAUCGACUUCCGGAACAAAGUUCUGGAUGUGGAUGGCAUGAAGGUGAAGCUGCAGAUCUGGGACACGGCUGGCCAGGAGCGGUUCCGCAGCGUCACCCACGCUUACUACCGCGACGCCCACGCGCUGCUACUGCUCUAUGAUGUCACCAACAAGGCCUCCUUUGACAAUAUCCAGGCCUGGCUGACCGAGAUCCAGGAGUAUGCCCAGCACGACGUGGUGCUUAUGCUGCUGGGGAACAAGGUGGACUCUGCCCAGGAGCGUGUGGUCAAGAGAGAGGAUGGGGAGAAGCUGGCCAAGGAGUACGGGCUGCCCUUCAUGGAGACCAGCGCCAAGACAGGCCUCAACGUCGACUUGGCCUUCACAGCCAUUGCAAAGGAGUUGAAGCAGCGCUCCACGAGGGCCCCCAGUGAACCCCACUUCAGGCUGCACGACUAUGUCAAGAGGGAAGGCCGAGGAGCCUCCUGCUGCACACCCUGAACCUGGGAGGGCCCUGCAAGGCUGGAUGGAGGCUUUACAGGGACUCCUGGAUUUAGUCA